AUGAGUCCCUCCAAGAUCGAUGUUGUCCCCUCUCCAGCAGCCUUGGCCUCCUACGGCAUCUCAGAGAACGGCUUCUUGCCUGCAGACAGCCCUUUGAGCCGGUUACUCAACGACUACUACCAGCCAUGGGAAAGCAUCGUCGAAGACCUUCCCGGUCUGCUUGAAUCGAAACUGGUUCGACAGCACGUAGACAGACUGCCAGUCCUCGACACAGCGCAUCUCGAAAGCGAGCCAGAAUGGCAGCGAGCAUAUUCGAUGCUUGCCAUCAUCACGCAGGCGUAUGUGUGGCAAGGUCCAGAGCCUGCUGAGCUUCUUCCACCAGCAAUCUCGAUCCCCUUUCUAGCAUCCGCCGAGCAUCUAGAAGUUCACCCAAUUGCAACAUACGCAGCGUUGAAUCUGUGGAACUACAAGGCCCUAGACGGCUGUACCGACCUGACGCAACCGGAGAACCUCGUAGCACUUCUCACACAAACCGGCACCGACGACGAGUCAUGGUUCUUCAUCAUCUCAAACGCAAUGGAAGCUCGGGCAGGUCCCAUAAUCAAAAGAAUGCUGCUUGCGAUGGAGGCGGUGGAGCAAGAAGAUGUGGCGACCAUGAUCGACAGCCUGGAGUACUUCCGGGAUAGCAUCAUCGACAUUGGCAGAUUACUCGAACGGAUGGACGAGCGUUGCAGACCGCAAGUGUUCUACCACACAAUACGCCCCUUCCUUGCUGGCAGCAUGAACAUGGAAGCCGCUGGCCUGCCGAAGGGCGUUUUCUACGACGAAGGCAAUGGCAAAGGGUCGUGGAGGAAGUAUCGAGGCGGAAGCAAUGGCCAGAGUUCGUUGUUGCAGUUCUUUGAUGCCGCACUUGGCGUCAACCACGAGCGGUGUGAAGGCUUCCAUGCUGACAUGAGGAGAUAUAUGCCAGGACCGCAUGCUAGAUUCUUGGACGACAUCGAGGCCAUCUCCAACAUUCGGUCGUAUGUCGACAGCCACAAGGAGAAUCUCGAGCUCGUGACAGCAUACAACAAUGCUGUGGCAGGCUUGAGCCAGUUCCGAGAUAAGCACAUCCAGCUAGUGACAAGGUACAUCAUUCUGCCCGCGAGGAUGGGCAAGCCUACACAGAGUACUGGACGGCGAGAUCUGGCAACGACCUCGACCAAGCUGGCCUCUGGUUCUGUAUCGACGCAAGAGCUGGUCGGUACCGGUGGCACGAAGCUCAUCCCUUUCCUGAGAACUUCCAGGGACGAGACGAGCGAAGCCAUCGUUGUGCGAUGA